UGCUCUUUCUCACUCCUUCUCUCAGCUGCUUAACUACAGCUCCCACUGGAACUUGCACAAUCAAAAACAGCUCUCCUCGGGAGCAGCCCCCAGGAGUGCAUCACCUGGAGCAGCGAGACUCGUUCACUGCACCAGCUGCAGAGCAGCCAGGUAGCUGGGGGCGCGCAGGGUGGGGGAACUUCUCUCACGUAGCAGCUAGCAGCAGCCGCGGCGUCUCCCAGGAAUCUGCUGCAUCCCAGAGUCGCUUAACAGUGAUGCAUGUGUUUCUGUUUCGGAACAAUGACGGAAAGAGGAAAGCCACUGCCGGUGGCCACUGAGAGUAGGGUGAGGUUGCUGCAGUAGCCGCUGCUGCAGAAUGUGUGAGUGAGGACUUACCUGCGCCCCUCUGGAUUCUCCGUCCUGCUCCGUCUUCAUUAACUGUCUCUAGGAGGGAACCCGGGAAGCAGAUGCACUAACCAGGCGCGUGCCACCCUGGAUCUAUAACUGUGAACUUCUCACUGUGGAAAAUGGUAAACAAAGACAUGAAUGGAUUCCCAGUCAAGAAGUGCUCAGCUUUCCAAUUUUUUAAGAAGCGGGUACGAAGAUGGAUCAAGAGCCCCAUGGUCAGCGUGGACAAGCAUCAGAGUUCCAGCCUGAAGUACACGGGCCCGCCCGUAGUGCCCAUCCCACCCGCAGAGCCUGACUUGGACCCGUCCUUGUGUCAGACAUGCCUGGGAGACCAUGCUUUCCAAAGGGCGGUUCUCCCCCCGGAGAAGGAGUCGUGUUCCUGGGAAAGUCAAUCUGGGUGUGAAGUGAAAGAGCCAUGUAAUCAUGCCAACAUCCUGACCAAGCCUGAUCCAAGAACCUUCUGGACUAAUGAUGAUUCAGCUUUCAUGAAACAGAGGAGGAUGGGCCUGAACGACUUUAUUCAGAAGAUUGCCAAUAACUCCUAUGCCUGCAAACAUCCUGAAGUUCAGUCCAUUUUGAAAAUCUCCCAACCUCAGGAGCCUGAGCUUUUGAAUGCCAACCCUUCUCCUCCGCCAAGUCCUUCUCAGCAAAUCAACCUUGGCCCAUCAUCCAAUCCUCACGCUAAACCAUCUGACUUCCACUUCUUGAAAGUGAUCGGGAAGGGCAGUUUUGGAAAGGUUCUUCUAGCAAGACACAAAGCAGAAGAAGCAUUCUAUGCAGUCAAAGUUUUACAGAAGAAAGCGAUCCUGAAAAAGAAGGAGGAAAAGCAUAUUAUGUCAGAGCGGAAUGUUCUACUGAAGAAUGUGAAACACCCUUUCCUGGUGGGCCUUCACUUCUCUUUCCAGACUGCUGACAAACUGUACUUUGUCCUCGACUACAUUAACGGCGGAGAGUUGUUCUACCAUCUCCAGAGGGAGCGCUGCUUCCUGGAACCGAGGGCCCGUUUCUAUGCUGCUGAAAUAGCCAGUGCCUUGGGUUACCUGCACUCUCUGAACAUCGUUUAUAGAGACUUAAAACCAGAGAAUAUUCUGCUAGAUUCCCAGGGACACAUUGUCCUUACUGACUUCGGGCUGUGUAAGGAGAACAUCGAACCCAACGGCACGACAUCCACUUUCUGUGGCACACCUGAGUAUCUCGCACCUGAGGUUCUUCAUAAGCAGCCUUAUGACAGGACUGUGGACUGGUGGUGCCUGGGAGCCGUCCUGUAUGAGAUGCUGUAUGGCCUGCCUCCUUUUUAUAGCCGAAACACAGCUGAGAUGUACGACAACAUUCUGAACAAGCCCCUCCAGCUGAAGCCAAAUAUCACGAACUCUGCACGCCACCUCCUGGAGGGCCUCCUGCAGAAGGACAGGACGAAGAGGCUGGGUGCCCAGGAUGACUUUAUGGAGAUUAGGAAUCAUGUCUUCUUCUCCGUAAUUAACUGGGAUGAUCUCAUUAAUAAGAAGAUCACUCCUCCGUUUAACCCAAAUGUGAGCGGACCGAGCGACCUGCGGCACUUCGACCCCGAGUUUACUGAAGAGCCAGUGCCCAACUCCAUCGGCAGGUCUCCCGACAGCAUCCUCCUCACAGCCAGCGUCAAGGAGGCCGCUGAGGCCUUCCUGGGCUUCUCCUAUGCACCUCCUGUGGACUCUUUCCUCUGAACAGUCUUAGGGUUGGUUCUGAAGGAUUUUUUGUGUGUUGGAAAAUGUUUUAGUUAGCCUUUUGGCGGAGCUGCCAGCUGACAGGACAUCUUAAAAGAGAAUUUGCACAUCUCUGGGAGCUUGCACACCUUGGCAAUCUCAUUGCACACUGUUUGCUGGAAGCUUUUCAAAGAGCACAUCCUCCUCUCAGUGAGCUCACGAAGUUUUCAUUCUCACUCCUCCUUCCAACGUGGUGCUAUCUCUCAAAGCGCACUAGAGCGUGCCGUAGACAGAUGCAGGGGUCUGACUAGCAGCAGGAUGCUGCUCUGAGAAGGAUUUCCCAAAGGUCUGUCUGGGCGGUGGUGAUGAACCUUAUGAAAUGUGCCUUUUCUGAUGCGAUCGUGUUAGCUCCAAAGCUUUUCCUCUUGCAGUGUUUCAGCCCUCUGCCUUUCCCUGUGGACCUCUGUGUGAACAGCGGGCGGAGGGCAGGGUGCCUGAUCGCAGAUGGACUGAGUAGUGAGCGUCAGCGUGACACAUGCAGGACACUACAAUGUGUGGGACAUUGUUUGUUUCUUCCAUAUUGGGAAGAUGAAUUUAUGUGUAGACUGUUUUUUUUGUAAGAUAUAGUUAAUAACUAAAAUUUAUUGAAAUGGUCUUGCAAUGACUUGUAUCCAGAUGCUUAAAGAAAGCAUUGCUGCUACAAAUAUUUCUAUUUUUAGAAAGGGUUUUUAUGGACCAAUGCCCCAGUUGUCGGUCGAGCCCAGUGUUUUCAUUGUUUAAAACGUCACCUGUAAAAUGGGCAUUAUUUAUGGGUUAUUUUUUUUUUUGCAUUCCUGAUAAUUGUAUGUAUUGUAUAAAGAAAGUCUGUACAUUGGGUUAUAACACUAGUAUAUUUAAACUUACAGGCCUAUUUGUAAUGUAAACCACCCUUGUAAUGUACUGUAAUUAACAUGGUUAUAAUAUGUACAAUACUUCCCCCUCCCCAGCACACAACUUUUUUGUGUGUGAUAAACCGAUUUUGGUUUGCAAUAAAACCUUG